AUGCUUCGUACACGUCGUCACUGCCCAUGUGCUGCUAUGAAGCAAGCACCCCAAAAACCGGCACAAUGCAGCUGUACCGUUUUGCUGUCACAAGCCAAACGAUAUUCACCGUCAUGCGACUGCAACGAUCAACCCUCCUCCCAACAACCGCCCAAAUGUCCAUGUGCUAUCAACACCAUCCAACCACCACAACAAAAACCUUGUAAAUCGAUCUGUAUCAAUAUCUGUAUCAACGAAUGCGGCAAAACCAAUAACGGUCGGAUUUCAUGCUCAACAUCAUGCCCCAAAACGUGCUCUUCAGCUUGUCACGUCAUCAAUCAGUCACAAGUCAACAACCAGCAGUCGCAGUUGCCUUAUACCGAUGAGAAGUCAGCGAUUCUUUCACCGUUAGCGCAAGAUGAACUCCCAGUUCCUCAACUCGCCCAAGGAAUUCCUCAAGAACCACUCGAACCGAUGCCUCAACCAUUCAUGGAUGCACAACCUCAACAAACUGCUGCGGCCGUUCCAGAACCUUCAACGAUCACCUCAGAAUUUUGCCCUGACGCCUGUAAACCACUAUGUGCCCCAUCAUGCGUACAAGAGUAUUUGCUAGGACGACAACAAUCAAGCAACCCCUUGAUGUACGACGUAUCACAGCCAUCCACUAUUCCAAUCGCACAAUCCGAAUCGAUGCAAACAAUUCUUCGCCCCAUUGACGUGUCCAUUCCACAACCAUCGGAAAUUGCCCAGUGUGAGCCGAUCUGUCGAGAACGAUGCAUGCCAAGCUGUGCCCAACAACCAACACCCAAUUCUUGUCAAUCGCAAUGUCAAAUUGUCUGUACCAAUACCUGCAUGAACACUUUUUCCGAGGCUGCUACCCAACCACAACCGCAACCACAACCACAGCAACCGCAAUUCUCGCCCGAAAUAUUACCUCAACAAUUUCCUCAACUCCAACAACCACAACAGCAACAACCGAUCCCUACAAUGCCAAAGACUGUCGUUCCACAACCUCGAUUUGAACCGUCCGAAGAACCGCUACAAGAAUUCCCCACAUUCCAAUCACAGUCCCGACAAGAGCAAAACACUAUCGCCUCGCAAACCGUUCAAUCACAAUCAUUCAAUUCACCUCGAUUAACAAUUCCUGAGCAGCCACAAUUCCCCACAUCUUUGCAACAAUCACCA